CAUGGCGCCUCUCCGCCCCGAGUUCACCUGCCACCGCCGAGGAUGAGAGCGACCGGACCGACCGUCCCUCUGACGGCCCGAAAGCUCCGUGUCCCGGUACGAAGCUCCGGCGGAGUCCGCUGUCCGUUCACCGAGAAGAGGGGAGUCGCGGCCGCGUUUGUUUCUGCCGAGCAGCGCCGACAUGAGCUCCAGAGAGAGGUCGCACGUUCGGGAGACGGCAAGGAGAACCUCGUCGCCUGCUCACGUCACUCCGGGUCAGAUUACAGCCCACGAGGACCAAUGAGAAUCUGCUCUGAUGUCAGGGAGACAAGUGACGAUCAGGGGGCGGGGCUUAAUACAAGUGAUGAUGUCACCAAUGCAUCAUAUACGGACAGUACGCGUCCAAAUUUGGAAACAAGCUGUUUGUGCUCAGACAGUGUGGCGUCCUGCUCCAAGGGGUCAAAGGUUAACCUCUAUCAUGGGCUGGAUGGUGUCUGUGGGGUUACCAAGAGCACAGACCACCACCUGGAUGUUCCGACCCCUUCUCUACAGACAUCAAAAUCCUCUCAGGUAGCUAAAAACCCUGUGACCCAAGCCUCAGACUCUGGAUCGCAGGAGGGGGAUGUGACCUCUGAUUUAGCGGAGUUCAGCUCUGAUGACGAGGCCUUCAUCACGGGCCAGCCGAGCCCCCCCACCACCGCCGCACCUUGCUCCAGGAACACGUUUGAGCGAGGUCGCAGGCAGAGCGCUCCUGGUGAACUGGUUCAGGACGAUGGUAGAGGCUCAGAGUCUGAACUGCAGUCCAGGAGGCCGGGGAUCAUUGAGUACUUCAGCAGCAGGAAGCAGCAGUCCAUCAGUCACAGUGUUGCUGGUUGGAAGUUGUUUGGUAAAGUUCCUCCCAGACAGAGUCCAUCCAAACAGGCCCGGGUCAUCCAACAGGAGUUCGAGGCCCGCAGCUCUCCUACCCAUCAUGCCACGGGGCAGCAGAGCAGGAGGAAGCUCGAGUUUGAGCCGCUGUCGACCACGGCGCUGAUCCUGGAGGACCGCCCGCCGAAUCUUCCCGCCAAGUCGGCCGAGGAGACCCAGAGACACAGGCAGCAGUACGAACAGAUGGUGGCGGGAGCCAGGAGGAGGGAGCUGAAGGAGUCUCAGAGGAGGCAGCAGCAGAGGAAGGAGAGGGUCAGACAGGAGGAGGUGAUCUCCAGCGCCGCGCUGGUCUGGAACCAGCACAUCCUGCCACACUGGGACACCAUGAGGUCGAGUCGGCGUGCUCGGGACCUGUGGUGGGGGGGUUUACCCCCCAGCGUCCGGGGACGAGUCUGGAGCCUCGCCAUCAGCAACGAGCUCAACAUCACUGCGGAGCUGUAUGAGAUCUUCCUGUGCAGAGCGAAGGAGAAGUGGAGGAGCCUCAGUGAGCCAGAGACCGAAGACGGAGCGUCGCCUGCCGACGGAGAGUCCAGUCUGGACCUGAUCACACGGGACAUUUCCAGAACUUUGCCCUCGCUGUGCGUCUUCCAGAAGGGGGGUCCUUACCAUGACCUGCUGCAAAGCAUCCUGGGAGCUUACAUCUGCUACAGACCUGAUGUGGGAUAUGUUCAGGGUAUGUCCUCCAUAGCAGCGGUUUUGAUCCUGAACAUGGACGAAAUCAAAGCUUUCGUCAGUUUCUCCAACCUGAUCAACAGACCCUGUCAUCUGGCGUUCUACAGAGUGGACCACCAGCUGAUGGUCAGGUAUUUCGGGGCCUUCCAGGUGUUUUUGGAGGAGACUCUUCCUCGUCUCUUUCUUCACUUCCAGUCUUUAGGUCUGACCCCUGACCUCUACCUCAUGGACUGGAUCCUGUCUCUCUACACCAAGCCCCUCCCUCUGGACGUGGCGUGCAGAGUUUGGGACGUUUUCUUUCGGGAUGGGGAGGAGUUCCUGUUCAGGACGGCUCUGGGGAUCUUGAGACUGUACCAGGACGUCCUGCUUCACAUGGACCUCAUCGGCAUCGCUCAGUUCCUGUCCCGCCUCCCUGAUGAAGAGCUGCUCUCUGAUAGGCUGUUCUCCUGCAUAUCGGCCACGUCCAUGCUGAGUGGAAACAGGAAGUGGAGUGAGAUUUUGUCUUCCUGCAGAGAGUCGGAGCCAAGCGGCAGCUGAACCGACCUACGCUCUGUUUUUAUUUUUUUUAUUUUUUUUAUUUUUACUAAAGGUUCUGGACUCAGCCUUAUAAUCCGGGCUUUACAGGGUUAAUGCAAAACACGAGAAGGAAAACAGUCAGAUGAAACUGACAUUUGUGAAGAAGGUUUAGGUUUUUAUUUAUUUUGUAUUCUUCUGUCUGAUUUUCUGUAAUAAAACAUUAAAAGCUGAGCUCUAAGAAAGAGGCUGGUAUAUGGAAAACAAAACAAGACAGUCCAACAAAAACCAUAUAUAAAUAUUAAAAUAAUAUUUCAUUAUAAUCAAAAUGUUCUUUUUAAAAAUUAAACUUCACAGCAGAGCAAAGUGAUUGUGGUGUGUCUGUUUCUGAGUUUGUCUACUAUUGUUGAAUAAACUUUAGGAUAAGUUUAUUUAUGACUCGGUUCAGGUGACUUGGAGACUCGUCCCGGACUUGUCACAGGUAACUUUGACGCUUGUCGCAGUCUCAUCCCAACUUGCCUGAGGCAGGAUAUUUUCCUGUCCUGAGUAACUUGAAACUUAAGGUGACUCGUUUCAGGUGACUUGGAGACUUGACUUGGACUGUGUUGGUAACUAUAAAUGUAUUGUUUUAUAUAAUUAUUUUACAGGUCCUGUAGUAUCUUAUUUGUUCCCAGAAAAAAACUUGUAUGUAUUUGAUAAUUCAAAUGAAAGAUUGCAUCAUUUUAAUCACUUUAUAAUUUGUCAGCAAUUAUAAGGAAAGCUGAUACAGUGCUCAGCUGUUGAUGGUGACGCCUGAACAUUUGGGUUGUUUGUCUGUUGUUGCUACAAUUUGUGUCACAUUAGUUCUUUAGUUUUGUUCUUGGUACAGUUUUAAUGACAUUUGGACCAACAGACUGUUUUUCUGCUCUGCAUCGCUCAACUAAUGUCCCCUUUGUUGUACCGUAUUUAUUA